AGAUUUAAAAAAGUGGACUCAGAAACUUACAAAAUAUCUCUAAUUUCGCUAUAUACACUGUCCAGAGUAUAUACAUACAAUACAUCUCAAGAUGACAUCAAUAUUAUUGCGUCAAUGCCGAAUGCUUUCAAGAACAUUUCGUCCCAAUCAAGCAUCUUUCAGUGCACGUCAACAUAGCUACGACCAGUCGCAUGAAUCUGACAAAACAACAGUUCGCAUCAUGAACAUGGAGCAAGAUUUAGGAAUUAUGGUUGAUACGUUUAGUCCACAUGGGUUUCGAUUGAAUAAUGGCUUUCAAAUAAUUGGACCGUGUGCUCUGUUCCCUCGAAGUGUUCUACAUUGGAAUGUUGAGGGUUGUCAUGACAUAAAUGAGGAAUCGUUAUCUUUAUUCACUCUUUUGGAACCGAAAAUUGACAUUCUUGUUCUUGGGAUUGGGGAUCGGGCAAACAAAAUAGACACAAGCAUUAUUAAAUUCUUACGCUCGAAGAAAAUAAGUGUUGAAAUCCUCCCCACAGAAACAGCUUGUUCCACAUUUAAUUUUUUGAAUGCUGAGAAACGCUACUGUGCAGCAGGACUUAUACCACCAUCGGGUGAAGAACUUGAAUAUGAGGAAGAUAUGGUAUUACAACAGCUUGCCCGUCAAAAGGAUAUAUACACCAUGGUUGACAGUGAUAUUCCCGAAGAUCCAGAGAUGGUCAAGGAAAUGCUUCAGAAAGGACCAGAGAAAUUAAUGAAUAAAUUAGCUGGUAGAGAAAGCAACACAUUGCCUGAUUUCAAUGAUCCAAAGUAUCGCUCACAAAUCAAAAAAGAUAAAUAGUUAUUCUGUUGUUUUUCGUCUUUAAAGAUUUCUUCUGAACUCUAGAUUCUGUUCUUGUGAACAUUUCAAGCUAAUUGUUAUGAACAUUAAAUUUCAACUCAAGGAGCAUCUCUGAAAUAAAAAGCAAACUUCUGUAAAUUUCUGUAAUGGACUCUUCUAAUUAUGAAUUAUGCUUACUCGUGUAAUGAAUGGUUUGGUGUAGAAACUUCAUGAAAUACUAUGUCUGUAUGUGAAUACUUAUCUUUCAAGGCAAAAAAUGUGUACGUUUAAAUCGUUAAACAAAAUCUUCAAAGUAAAAAACUCUGGAAGACGAACAUCUCAAAGAGAGAAACACUUCAAAGUUCUAUUAAUGAUCCUUUGUAAAUGGAACAUCUCCAUGGAGCAUCACUAUUUUGAGGUGCCAAAACUUUU